UAUCCUGCGGAUAGUAGUAUAGCAGAAGCGGAGGAGCAGCUGAGUAUUUCGCCUCAGAGCGAGGGCCGGAACAAGGGUGGGGAGGAAGCUCAGGAAGGUGGAGCUGUGGAAAGUGCUGCUGACCCGGUCCCACCUCCGAUUGGCUCGCCAGACACAGAAGAGCCCACUGGUGACACUAAAAAGAAAAUUGAUAUCCUCCUGAAACCCGUGGGAGAUACUCCCAUCAUGAAAACCAAGAAGUGGGCUGUGAACAAAGCCCAAGAAAUUUUAUAUAUAAACCAAUCUUUCUCUCCAUCUCCAGACCAGGAAGUUGGGACCCUCUAUGAGUGUUUUGGAAGUGAUGGCAAGCUUAUACAGUGUUAUUUUCAAAACCCAGGUGUGGGGAUGAAUGACAA